UGUUGCAGAAAUAUUACCCACCAGAUUUUGAUCCUUCUAAAAUCCCAAAGUUAAAACUUCCAAAAGAUCGUCAAUAUGUGGUUCGUCUGAUGGCUCCAUUCAACAUGAGGUGUAAAACUUGUGGAGAGUAUAUCUAUAAAGGAAAGAAGUUCAAUGCAAGGAAAGAAACUGUGCAGAAUGAACAGUAUUUGGGACUCCCAAUCUUUCGUUUUUACAUCAAGUGUACACGCUGUUUAGCGGAAAUCACAUUUAAGACCGACCCAGAGAAAACAGACUAUGCCAUGGAGCAUGGAGCUACACGCAACUUCCAAGCAGAAAAACUUAUUGAAGAAGAGGAGAAACGAUUUCAGAAGGAAAGAGAAGAGGAGGAGCUCAAUAACCCAAUGAAGGUUCUCGAAAAUAGGACAAAGGACUCCAAAAUGGAGAUGGAUGUGUUAGAAAAUUUGCAGGAGUUGAAGGAGCUGAACCAACGGCAAGCAAAUGUGGACUUUGAUUCUAUGCUGGUUCACUACAGAGAAACAGAAGAGGAAAUUAAGAGACGACAGGAAGAAGAAGACGAGAAAGAGAUGAGGGCAAUGCUGAAUGAAGCUCAGAAAAGGCAUCUGACAGUUGAUUCUGAUUCUGAUGAAGAAUAUCCCCCUGUUUUGCCUAAGCAACCUGUGGACACCAUUCAAACUGAUAUUCUGGCAAAGGUAAUUAACAUUUUACAGCCAUCCAUUUAA